AUGUCCAACGAUCCGUCCGUGAGGCGCAUCUUGCCUCAGAGCUCCCAGAUGGGCAGCUUCUCCUUUGCGCCUCAGCAGUACCCUCAGAGGGAAACCCAGAAGAACUAUGUUUUCGUGGAUGAACACAAUCGCCAUAAACGGCUGAAGGUGAUGAGAGCUUGUGAGGGAUGCAGAAGGAGGAAAAUCAAAUGUGAUGCGGCCACCACCAACACCUGGCCUUGCUCGGCGUGCAUCAGACUCAAACUCCAUUGCGUCCGCCCCAAUGGCCAGUACGAUGGCACCGACACCUACGAGCCUGCCGGGGACGAGUUCGCCGCCGGUUCCUCUCAGAUGCAGUCCGCGUUUCGCCAGCAACCUCCCAUGCAGCAACAGUCCAUGAUGGCCGGUGGUCAAAAGCCCAACCCGUCCAUGUAUGCUGCUCAGGGCGCGUAUUCGGAUCCCAACGUCUUCCCCCCCGUCCACUACUCCGAACAACAGGCGCACCAGCAUAAUAUGCACUACACCACGGUGUCUCCCUCGAUGUCGAUGAUGGAACAGUCUUAUGCCGGCCAAAACGUAUUCCCUACUCCUCCUCUCCAGCAGAGCGCGCGUCCAGAUUCUCCUCCCGACACCUACUCCCAAGACGGGUCCUACCAGCAAUCUGAUUUGGCCGACCUUCUCGGUUCAUUGAAGGUCAACGAGGCAGGCACAGCACCAUACCUGAGGAAUAAAGCCUCUUUCCUUCAUGACGAGGAACCAGCCGUGGAAGAUGCCGAGGACUUCAAGACCGCCCUUCCGGCCAUCAUUUCCGGUCCCGGUCUCAAAAUCCGCAUCCCCCCGGAACUGAUGCCCGAUGAUGAAACUGUCAUGCAUUAUUUCGACUUGUUCUUCAGCCAUGUCCAUCCCUACAUACCUGUUCUAAGCAAGAGCAUGUUCUACCACCAAUGGAAUACCAACCGGGAAUCUGUGUCUCCUCUCAUUCUCGAAGCUCUUUUCGCCAUGGGAGGGAGACUUGCCGAUGAUCCUGCUCAAGGACAGCAAUGGCUAGCCUUGGCAACGAAGCACGCCGACUCUUUCAUGGACGUUCCGAGACUCAGCACCCUCCAGGCCUUGUUACUCAUCCUGAAAGCUAGGGAAGCAGCACCGAAGCGCGGCUAUUACUACCGCUCGUGGAUGACAAUCGUUCAGUGCGUCCAAAUGGGCAAGGAUCUCGGCUUGGACGAGCACUACUCGGAUCACCAGGCAGGACGGCCGUGUGGCUCCUCCUCGCUGGAAUGUCAGAUGAAGAGUAGGAUUUGGCAGACCAUAUUUGUUUGCGAAACCAUGAUUGGGUCUCCUCAAGGCUUGCUAAACGUCAUAGGUCGAACCGAUCUUGCGGUUGAGCUGGACUCCAUCGACUUCAGUGUUCCGCGUCCCAUCCCGGGAGGCGAUGACUCCGAAUAUCACACUACUCGGAACUUCACCUACUUUGCAAGAAUCGUUCGUAACGUCAGCCGCAUGAACACAGCCUACGGCCGCCUGAAGAAGAAGAAGACGAAGGACUGGGGCGUUGAUCCCGAAUUUGUGCAGCUCAACCCGGCCCUCAAUUCUUGGUUGAACGACCUUCCCGCGGAUCUCUCGGUCACUUUCCCCCCGGAUGGUUCCCCGCCAUGGCUUUCGUCGCCAUACAUCGGAAACCUGCACUCCUACUACUACCUGACGUUGAUUCUCCUUCAUCGACCCCAGCUCAAUUUCCUCGAUCCCAAUGGCCAGGAUGGUCAGUGGAAACAGCACAUGAUGAUUUGCUACUCCGCAGCCAAGGCUCUGUGUCGGUUGCAGGAAGCGGUUCUGAAUUCCUUUGGAUUUCCCGGUCUGCAGUGCAUGCUCCGUGGGUUCAGUUUCACCGUAUACUGCGGACUUUGUUGCAUUGUUCUGCACCUGGUGGGUUGCCAUUCUUCAUCUUGUAUCCGUGGAAAUUUUUUUAACUUGGUGGCGUGGCAGGUGGCGGUUGUCUCUCCAGAUCCCGAUUUGAACACUGAUGCCCGCGAGUUCUUCACGCGGCACAUGCGAGUUCUCGAGAAGGUCAUGUCGAUUUGGCCGAUGGCGGAUCUUCAGAAGCAAGUCGAUGCGGUACGCGAAGCGUUUUCUGCUGAUGUCAGGAAACCCUUUGUGCUUAAGCCAAGCUUCCCCUACGGCAGUCCCCAAUCCUCCAACCAUUCCAGCCCUCCCCGGGGCUACAGGCCCGGCAUGGCUCGCGCUGCGUCUUUGGACCAACAGCUGGAUACCCAGAACCUUCAGCACUCCCAAGUCAGUUACACCAGCCAUCCCAUUACACCUCCUAUUUCUGCCGGGCCUGUGGAUACCAAGAGUGACUCGCCUGCUAUACAGUCACUCGUCAUGAUGGCCCACCAAGGUUCCCAAGCGCCGGGGAUGCAACAGUCAAUGCCACUGUCAGACGCGCCGGCCUGGAACCCCGCACGCAUCUUUGAGCAAUGGAACACGUCUUUCGGUACGCCUCAGGUCCAACCACAGCCUUCGACGCUGCCUCCCCAGUCCAAUUCGCUUAGUGUUUCUCCGUCUUCAGGUGCACCCGAAGCCCCGUCUCUACAAGACAUUCAGGCUGUCAACGCCACUCUACCAGUGGUCUCUCAGCAAAUGGCGCAACAGUACUCAGCCGCUCCAGUGCAAACGUUUGUUUCGCCAGCAAUGUGGCAGGAGUCCGUGGCCAGUGUCUACGAAGGCGGUCUCAAGCGGGGCUGGGACUACGAUGGCAGUGGCCCUGUGAUGAAGCGGCGAUGA